AUGCCGAGGACUCGUGCUAAUAAUGGGAGCUCCAGUAAUGAGAAUACCGAGGCCCUCAGUGAAUUCUUCAGGACCUUGGGGACUAUGACCCAAAUGAUGAAAGACAGCAUGCCGGCCCCUGCUACUCCUGCCCUUGGACUGACUGAUAGUGGGUUGAUAGAAAGGUUUAAGAGGUUAGCACCUCCGACGUUCUUUGGGCACGAGGGAGUGGAGAAAGCGGAACGGUGGAGGAGAAAAGUGGAGAAAAUUUUUGAGGUGUUACACUGUACUGAUGGGCAGAAGUACCUCUCUGACUCUAUACAUGAAAGAAAGGAAGUGAAGUUCAUUGAGCUGCAACAAGGAAACCUGUCAGUGGAACAGUAUGCAGCCAAGUUUGCUGAGCUGUCAAGAUAUGCGCCACACAUCAUCAAUACGGAGGCGCGAAAGGUGAAUAAAUUUGAGCGAGGCCUCAGGCCCGAUAUAAGGGGAAGGGUGAUAUCGGCGAACCUCAAGACAUUCUCCCCUUUGGUAGAGUUGGCUAUGAAGAUUAAGAGGGACUGUGAAGAGUCCCGAUUCGAGGGAAAUAGGAAAAUGGGACCAGCCCAGUUUGGGAACCUUGGGAGGAAGACUCGGCCGCCUCCGAGGAAAAGCUUCAAGGGAAGAUAUAACCAAGGAAAUAAGAAGAUUCGGAAGACCUUUACAGGUGGCAUAAGGAAGAACCAGCGCCCGACGUGCCCAUACUGUGGGAAGGACAAUCACUAUGCGGUUGAGUGUUGA